UGUCCCUGGAGCUUGGGAGCGGCGCGCCCUCCCCCUUUAAAAAGCAUCCUGCCUCCUGCACCCCCCCCUCGUCAUCCCGUCUUCUUCCCUUCCCCCUCCCUCACUGCCCACCUUUCCUCCCUCGGUCCCGUCUCCGGAUCGCUGACACUCCCCUUGGCUCCCUUCCUCAGGCUGCCCUUAUGCACCCUCUCCUUUCUGGCCUGACCGUUUGGGUCAGCGUGUCCUCAUGGUUUUUCAUGCCACCGGGAUCACGUGGACCCCGCUGCUAGGGAUGCCUUGUCUGAUAUGAGCAAGGAUUCCUUGGCUACCCCGGGAUGUGUGGCCCUGGGCAUGGUACCUGGCUCGCUUCCUGGACUGUAAGAGGAAGGAAAUGCUUCAGUGUGAGAGGAGCCACACCAGACUGGAAUGGAAGGAUGGCCACAUCUCCUUGUACCACCCUCAGCCGAGCUGGUUUUCAUCUGUGCCAGGGACAGACCAAAACUGGGCAGAGCUUCACCCCACCCUAUCAUCACCAGCUUUCCAGAAGAAGCAUAAGAAUCUGCCACAUCUCUGGUGGCAUCAAACUGAGAAAAGGGCAAGCAUUAUGUGCCAGGAAGGAACUUUAUAGAGGAUUUUGUUUUCUCUGGUCUGCUGAGUGUGCAUCUGGCUCCAUCACCAACUCUGCCAGGGUUUAGACGCCACCCUUUCUCCUCCCAUCUCCCCCACCUAUGGAAGUGAUUUCCCACUGUUUCCCUCCUCAGCAUAUCAUAUGUUCAGCAUACUGAGAGAUCCCUGUGGGAAAAGUACCCCAAGAGGACCCGGUGAAGUUGCCGCUGUGCCCCGCUUUGGGAACACUCAGCAGAAGGUCUGCAAGACAUGCCAUGAGGUGCUGAGCAGAGGGCCUUCGGAGGCCAACGUCUCCAGGUGGUCACCACCUCAGAACUACAAAAAGCGUGUUGCUGCAUUGGAGGCCAAACAGAAGUUCAUUGCUCCCCAGGGUGUGGUUCGACCACAGGGACUAUCUCAAGAAGAUCAAGUCAUUGCCAAGCGACUUGAAAAACUCCGCCAGGAAACCAAGCCUAAGGUGGUGGCUUCCCAGGCGGAGAUUGAGGCCAGGCUGGCCGCUCUUCGGGAUGAGCCUCGAGGCCCCAUCCCUUCCACCAAGGAGAUGGAGGAUCGACUAGCUGUGCUGCAGGGCAGGGUCCCCCCGUCCCAGGCUUCCCGGCCAGUCCACCAACCUCCUGACACCAGGACACAGGCCCAACAGACAGAGGACCUUUUGACGCAAUUAGCAGCUGAGGUGGCAAUUGAUGAAAGCUGUGAUCAAGAAACCUCACCUCCAGGCAUUUCCCUGCAAAACGACCUUAACCGGGAUAGCCCAAGGGCCUGGAAUAUCGGCCCUGCUGAACUGGCCCACCAGCUGCUGGAAGGAGAGAAAGGCAGGCUCCUGGCCGAGGCAGCGGCAGAGCUAAGGGAGGAGAACACGCGGGAGGAGAGGAUCCUGGCCCUUGCCAAGCGGCUAGCUGCACUUCGGGGCCUGGACCCCGAAGGAGUGACCUUGCAGAAUUACCACUUCCCUGACAGCGAUGAGGAUGAAGAGGAGGCCAUCCAGAGAGUCCUCCAGCAGCUUACAGAAGAGGCUGCCCUAGACGAAGCAAGUGGCUUCAACAUCCCUGCAAAGCAGGUGCCUCUACCCCAGGUUCAGCCAAAAGCUAAGGCCCUGGCUGCGGCCCCCAAAGCUGAAUCAAAGGUGGUGGAGGAGCUGCCCUGGUGCUGCAUCUGCAACGAAGAUGCCACUCUACGCUGCCAUGGCUGUGAUGGGGACCUCUACUGCCCACGCUGCUUCCGGGAGGGCCACGAUGCCUUUGAAUGGAAAGAGCACAGGACAUCCGUCUACCGCCCCCCCUGCACGGGACGAGAGCACUAACCCCGCUGGGCUUUGCUGGGAUUGGUCCUGCUGGAAAGGCAGCCCUGUAGUUCAUUCCUUGAGAUGCUGGGGAAGAGGCCUAGGUUCUGCCUGCAUCUCAGAGGAUGCUCCUUGUGGGUGCCACUUGGAGUGUGGAGCUGGUGCAUGAGGGAGCCCUCCUCUGCAGCCUUUGGCUUCCCAAGGAGGAGGCAGGAUCCUCUUUCCUGAGACAGUGAUUCAGCAAGGGAAGGGACUGGGAGUCUAGGGAAGGAUGCACUCCCAAGUCAGAGCCACUGCUCAAGGGGAGGGGCUGUGUAGGAGAAGGAAAAUAGAGGUCAUCUGAGCAUUUUGAUUCUUACUGUACUAAUAUUAUCAGUCUUAAAACCUGGCCCAAAAAGUUGUUCUCCCUCCUGGUCGCCUGGAAAACCACAGCACCUCAUUAGCCUCCAAUAAAAUGUAUUAACUCCCCAAAA